UUCCUGUUUGUGUGUGUGUGUGGAGCUCAGAAAUCAUUGGGCGCAGCAGAGAGCCACAGUCCCAUACCUGCCUCACACUCAUGUCACUGCUGUGCUACUGCGCCGCGCUCUCUGCCGCGUCCAGGAUGUGGGUUCGUGUGUUGAGUCGGUGAUGUGCGCGCUGGUGAAUGAAUGGCAGAGGGAGGCACCGAGCUGGAGACCGUGGACGCUUUCAUGGGCUUGUGAGACGCGCACAGAGAGCAUGGAUGCUGGGCAAUAAACCGCAGAACCUGAGUGGUGAAGAUGCAGCACACCUCGUGUACAGAGGACAGGAUCCAGCACGCUCUGGACAGAUGUCUGGACGGGCUGAGACAGAGCCCCACAGCAGCGCACCACUGGAACGUUCUGAUGUGCUCUGCUGGUCAGUCAAUGAAUCGCUGGAGCCUGGAAGAGUUGGUGAAGAGAGACCCAGACAAUUGCCUCAUCCUCUUACAGCAGAUCCUCAUAAAGACCAAAGAGGUUCAGGAGCAGUGUCAGUAUGAGCUGGUGGCUCCACUCGCCAUCAUGUUCUCCUCCACACUGCUUCAGACACCAUACUGUCCCCCAGACACAGAGCUGCUUGAAGAAGCUAUCAAGGUGUUCCGCAGCUUUCUCACCUGGCCCGAGCCUUACUGCAGUGUGUGUAAAAACCUCCUGUCCACACUACAUGUGGAGCUCAAGGCCCCAGGGAUCUCCUUUCAGAGACUCGUGAGAGAGGAGCAAGGCCUUACUGACUCCAGCCAGCGCUCCAAGACUGUGACUGUGCUGCUGAUGAACCCGGGUGAGGUGCCUGUGGACUUUCUGUCAGUGGCCGAGCAGCUCUGUCACAUUAGACAUUCUCAGAAGGAGACCUACAUCAUCCUGAUCAAACACGCCUUCCAGUCCACACUAGGCACCAAGUAUCCACUGCACAGCAUCCACAGAGUGCUUCAGGCGAAAACUGUGAAUGAACUGGGUGAGAUUUUCUCGGGAGUGAGUGACAUCUUGGAGACGGCGGCUGCCAUCAGUGACCCUGUGAAAGGGCGCAGUCAUGUGAUCCAGGGACUCGAGGAACUGAGGGAGAGAAUGAGAAUCCCAGCGUCCAAUGGAAGGAAGUCUGAUGGAAUGCUCCAGACGCUCCCGCUGCCUACAGCCAAGUGUUACAUGUUUCACUGGGAAAAAGAUAACUUUGAUGUACUGAACACCCUUUUGGAGGAUGACACUGAUGACUUCACCGCUAAUGGUCACGCUGAGGAUGAAAAGGAGUUUGACCUGGACGAUGAUGAUGAUGAAGAACGGAAUUUGACAGAUGGAGACGAUGAGGAGGAAGGAGACAGAGAAGAGGAGCAUGUGCCGUCAAUGACUUUCAUCCCUAAUGGAUACAGUGACAACCACCGUGCCUCCACCUUCUCCACCAUCUCCUCCCUUUCCACUGCCUCCAAAGACUCAAUGUUCUCCACCUUGUCUGUGGCCUCAGAGUCUUAUGCCCAAUCACUGUUUUCUGUCACUUCUGGGGUCGAUAGUGACUAUUGUGAGGAAUAUGAGGACUACACGGGCUCCUCUCCCAUCUCAGAAAAAUGUUCUCCAAGGUCUACCAAAGCGACGGCCCGGCUUAGCCAGCACCUGCACAAGUUCUUCUCCAAGAGCCCUGGGUCUCUCUGCAGGGCGAAAAGCUUAGGAAACACAGAAUCCAAAGACCUUUUCGUGGUGCGAGAGAAGCGCUCCAACUCUCUACCACAGCAAGUCAGGUUGCUAAGUUCUGAGCCCCUACUCCAGCCACAAAGCCAAACUCUCAGACACGUCUGCUUCAGAAGGAGGCCCAUUCUUAGCAGUGAUGAGGACAGCAAAAAUACAACUUUGAGGGUUGUUGUGUUUGGCGCUGAUCAUGUGGCAGGGAAGGUGGCCCGGGCCUAUAACAGCCUGCGGAGGAAGGAGAGCGCAUGUCCACGUCUCAGUAGGGUCUUCAAGCUUCAGUUCUACUUUGUGCCAGUGAGGAGGGACUCUUCUAGUCCUUUGGUUCCUGCUGGAAGUCCAAAACGAGCAAGUCUGCCUAAUGUUCUGGGCACAGGGGACAGUACUAAUGACAUUGCCCAUCUGCUUGGUAUGUUGGACCCUUGGUACGAAAGAAACACACUCAGCCUGCUGAACCUCCCUGCCAACAUCGUCUGCCAGCAAACUUCAAAGACAGAGUCAGAGUCCUAUGAUGGUUCAUAUGAGCAGCGCCUGCCCAUCCUGGCUGACUUGGUCCUGUACUACUGUCGCUACGCUGCCCGGCCAGCUCUGAUCCAGCUCUAUCAGGCUGAGGUUAGACACACUUUUACACACAGACACGCACUUGUGAAAAGAAACAGGACCUCGGUCACGUCAAUGGAAUACACAGUUUCAGAUUCAGUGAGUAACAGAGGAUCUUUGACUUCACAGUUGACGUUAGCGAGUGGGCAGAAGAGGACUGAGGUGUUUGUCCACUCCCUAGAGCUUGGCCACACCGCAGGGACGCGAGCCAUCAAAGCCAUGGGUGCUGCCAGUAAACGCUUUGGUAUUGAUGGUGACCGAGAAGCAGUGCCUCUAAUGUUGGAGUUGGUGUACAACAGGGUGGUUAUUAGUGGGAGAAGCCAAUGGAAAAGAGAAGCAAAAGUCUGCACGUCAGUCAAUUUGACCAAAGCAUGCAAAAACCCAGAGGAACUAGACUCAAAGAUGGAGUGCUUGCAGCUCGUCAUGACUGAGGUUCUGAAGAGACAGAGUGGCAAAAGUAAGAAGGGCUAUAACCAGCAGUUGAAUGUGACAGAGGUGAAGGUGGACAAGGUGCAGGUGUGUGGUGCUGCAAACACAACCUUUGCUGUGUGUCUGGACCAGGAUGAGAAGAAGAUACUUCAGUCUGUCACCAGGUGUGAGAUAUCAGUGUGCUAUAAACCGGACAGCUCUGCGGACUGGAGACUAAGAAAAUCCCAGACCUCUGCGCAAAUCCAGCCACUCCACCCCACCUUCUGCUCCCUCCUCUGCCUGCCCAUUGUCACUUUCAGUGGGGCUCUUCCAUGACACCUCUGGAGCGCCGGUUCAUGUGGUUAUCCACAUGUCUGAAUAAUAACAGACAGUGACUGCAAAGAAGUGCACACAAUGAACACACUGUACGUCUUCAGACUGCUACGUUCACUCUGCUGCGGGCAGAGGGAAACACAUGGAUGUCAUCCAUGUCAUCCAUGACAGGAUGUGAGAUGACAGUGAAGCCAGGGAACUGCUGACAUGGCUGAACUCUUCAAACAAACACAUACCAAGAGAUAGAAAGAAUGUCUACUGAUACAACAGUUUCAAUUACUGUAUAUUAAUCCAUUUUUUUAUGUUCCAAGCAGUCAUUGACUAUUGUUGACAAAGCUGUUCAAGUUUCCUUCUCUAGGUUUCAGUUCAUCUUUUCCCUUUUGGUAGAGAAGUAACAUCAGAAUGUACUAGGGUCAAACGGGGUGAAACUGCUCAGUUUCAGAUGGGAUGGCACCUGAAGACAAAUGUCUAUACUACUGAUAUCACCUUAGAGUCCAGAUGUGUUGGAGUUUUACUGUAGAAGAUAAACCUUUUUUGAACAUUUUUAAUCCUUCUGACAAGAGUGUAUUAUGCAACUAUCAGUGUAAGUACAUCUGAGAAUGGACACUAUGAAUCUAAAACAAUAUGUAAAUACGGUAUUUGUAAAAUAUUGAACGGUGAUGUUUUUUGUACAUGGGCUUUUACUUAUAACAUUUUCUCCUAAGGAGUUUUACUGAUGUCUCUGUCAUAACUGUAGUUAUGAAAAUGUCCAGUAGGGGGCUCUGUUGAUAUUCCCUUUGAUUUCAAAUGGUAUACAGAUCAAUCCUGAGUAGUUAAUUCUUUUUUAAUAAAGUCUAAGUUUGUACUGGUUUUAAUGUAGCUGCAACAUAUUGUAAAGACUGUAAAGCAUUCAUUUCAGGGCAGAGAUUUAUACUGUUGAUUUUCAUGUUCUAUAAAUACAUCCAAAUGCACAUUUUAUCCUUUGUAAAAAAAAAAACAAAAAAAACUUUGUCUUUCCACUGUAAACUAUGACAUUUUUAUAUGUUUUUUGUUGCUGUAAUGAGACAAACACCCUGAUAUCUGACAGUGAAAAAGUGCCCAGACCUUUUUUUUAAUGGAAUCAAAGCACUUGAACUUUAAAUAUUUGAGGUACUUCUUUUUUUUGCUCAGGUAUAUCUGACACCACUGUCCUCUUCUCCUCCUCUGCCUUCUCUGAUUAAAAGUUGCACAUGAAAUCCUAGUUUUAUGAUUGUACUGUGUCAGCCAUGAAAUGGAGACAUUAUAAAUCAUUGAUCAUUAAAAAUAUAUAUACGUCUUCUCUCGCAGA